UUUGUCAGUCUCCCUUUAACCAACAAUUUCGCCAUGAGUCAACUUAAAUGGCAGCUAGUCAUCGUCAUAUUUCUAUUGUACCAAAGGAGUCUCAGCGCCCAAGAUACUCCUUCGAAACGCAUUGUAAAGGGUUUCAAUGCAGAUCCUAAACAGUUUCCAUAUCAAGUAUAUUUUACAAAUCUAGUGGAUUCCUACCCUAGCGGCGGAUGUGGUGGUGUGAUAAUAUCAAAUCGCAUUGUUCUUACAGCUGGUCAUUGCUUAAGCAGAAAAUUUGAUGCUGUCGAAAUGUACUUUGGAACUGUGGACAGAUCCAAUAAAAGGGAAGUCGGGCAACAACGAUUAAUAAUAAAAUCAACAAAUAUUGUCGUACAUCAAGAUUAUCAGGCCCAUCCAUAUCUCAAUGACAUAGCUCUCAUACGACUUCCAGCCGAUCUGCUAUUUGACGAAUAUAUUCAACCUGCCAAGUUACCCGAUGCAAAUGAACUUUAUGAGAACGAAAGUGCUGUUGUAUCUGGUUGGGGACAAACUUCGUUCAAUGGUCCUCAACCAAAUCGUCUGCAGUAUUAUAAUGUUACUGUGUAUUCAAACGAAGAAUGUAAAAACAAAUUAGUUCCUUAUAUAUUUCCGUCAUCGUAUAUCUGCUUGAAGCCAAGUCAAAGUACUCCAUGUCAUGGGGACUCUGGUGGUCCAUUGGCAAUUCGGAAUGAAGAUGGGACCCACACUUUACUGGGUGUGGCAUCAUUCGUUUUUGGACCGUGCGAAAUUAAUACACCUGCUGUUUACACCCGAGUAUCAUCAUAUUUACAAUGGAUAAAACAAUUUGAAUGAAUGAAAAAUGUAAAUAAGAAAUUGCAGGAACAACUAUUUUUACACAAAUAAUGGAAGGAAGCACCUCCGACACUAUAAAGUAUCUACAUAAGGUUUAUCCGCAUAUCCGUCUGUCUCUCUGUCCUUAAUUUCGUAGACUAACAUAUAAGAGAUGAAACGCGCAAAUUUAAGUUUGUUUUAAAUAAUCAUAGCCUUUCGGAAUUGGUAUAUUUUAAGACUAAUGCCGUACUAAUUUACUUUUACUGAACAUGGGUAACGGAUAUCUUAAGGUCGAGCACUCUCGACAGUAGAUUUCUUACUUCUUCAUUUUUUCACAUUAAAGCUUUUUGCUAUUCUAUUUAUUUUCUAUAAUUUGUUUAUUUGUAAAAAUAUAUAAAUAUUUGCUAAUCAAAUAUAUAUCUGAAAAUUUAUAUUCUAA